AGGCCUGAGAAGAAGGAAUUGUGGUCCUGGGGCACCUUUAGAAUUAAUACAGAAGGCAAGAUUUGGAGUUUUUUUUUUUUAAUGGUUGUGUGACUGUUGUAAUUUUUCCUUUCAUUUUGAGCUUAAAUUCUCUGAGACAUGGCACGAGGUAGGAUAAGGGCAAGGCUCAGGCUGAGCCAGCUCUAUACAUUCGCAUGCCUCAGGCCUGCACUGGAUGAAGUUGAGGGGUCAGUAGCUCCAGGGCAUACGCGACUUGUAUAUUGCAACCAACCUCGUAUGCACCGGAAAAAACCUUUGAACUAUCGGGCUAAUUAUAUAUCAACCACAAAGUAUAAUUUUUUCUCAUUCUUUCCUAAAGCACUCUUUGAGCAAUUUAAUCGAGUUGCCAAUAUUUACUUCCUUAUUGCUGCACUUCUUUCCCUGACACCACUCUCCCCAUUCACCCCUGUAAGUAUGCUUCUUCCGUUGGCCAUUGUUGUUGGGGUUAGCAUGGCAAAAGAAGCUUUAGAAGAUUGGCGUAGGUUUAUGCAAGAUAAAGAGGUUAAUGCUCGGAAAGUAUGUAUUCAUAAAGGGGAUGGUGUUUUUGGCUAUAGGCCCUGGGAGAAGAUUCGAGUUGGGGAUGUGGUGAAAGUGGAGAAGAAUCAAUUUUUUCCAGCUGAUUUGCUCUUCUUGUCUUCAAGUUAUGAGGAUGGGAUUUGCUAUGUGGAGACUAUGAACUUAGAUGGUGAGACAAACUUGAAGGUCAAGAGAUCUUUGGAGGCUACUUCAUCUUUGGAUGAUGAUGAUAGUUUCAAGAAUUUUUCCGGAACCAUAAGAUGUGAAGACCCAAACCCCAGUCUUUACACCUUUGUUGGUAAUAUUGAAUAUGAUCGCCAGGUUUAUGCUAUUGAUCCUAGUCAGAUCCUCCUUAGAGACUCCAAACUCAGGAAUACAACUUUUGUUUAUGGGGUGGUGGUAUUCACGGGUCAUGAUAGUAAAGUCAUGCAGAAUUCAACAACCUCUCCUUCAAAAAGGAGCAGAAUAGAGAAACAGAUGGACAAGAUAAUAUUUAUCCUUUUUGCUAUUCUUCUGACAAUAUCAGUGAUGAGUUCGAUAGGCUUUGCUGUGAAGAUGAAGUUCCAAGUACCAGACUGGUGGUACUUAAAACCCAAUGAUACUGAUGCUUACUUUAAUCCUAGCAAGCCCCUCCUGCCUGGGCUUGCUCAUCUGGUCACUGCUCUCAUUCUUUAUGGGUAUUUAAUACCAAUCUCGCUCUAUCUUUCAAUUGAGGUUGUGAAGUUUUUGCAAGCAAUUUUCAUUAACCAAGAUAUACAUAUGUAUGAUGAAGAAAGUGGGAUUCCUUCUCAAGCACGGACAUCAAAUCUUAAUGAGGAAUUGGGUCAGGUAGAUACUAUCCUCUCUGAUAAAACUGGGACUUUGACCUGCAACCAGAUGGAUUUUCUUAAGUGUUCCAUUGCUGGUACUGCAUAUGGUGUGCGUUCUAGUGAAGUUGAACUUGCUUGCGCAAAACAGAUGGCUAUGGACCUUGAGGAUGAGAAUGAAGACAUCUUAAGUGUUCCAAAGCAUAAAAAUAUUACAUCAGAAAUUGAACUGGAGACCGUCAUCACUUCUAAAGAUGAAAAAGAACGUAAACGUGUCAUAAAGGGCUUUAGCUUUGAGGACAGCCGCCUCAUGGAAGGAAACUGGUUACGAGAACCUAAUGUAGGUGUCAUUUCGUUGUUUUUCCGUAUUUUAGCGGUUUGUCACACUGCUAUUCCUGAGCUGAAUGAAGAGACUGGCGAUGUCACAUACGAAGCAGAGUCACCCGACGAAGGGGCUUUUCUUGUUGCUGCUAGGGAGUUUGGUUUUGAGUUUUGUAAAAGAACUCAAUCCAGUGUGUUUAUCCGUGAAAUAUAUCAUUCUUCAGGACAGCCAACUCAAAGAGAGUACAAAAUUCUCAAUUUGUUGGAUUUCACUAGCAAAAGAAAGCGGAUGAGUGUAAUUGUUCGGGAUGAGGAUGGGCAGAUUAUUCUCUUCUGCAAAGGCGCUGACAGCAUUAUUUUUGAUCGGCUAUCAAAGAAUGGAAGAAUGUAUGAGGAAGUUACUACUAGGCACUUGAAUGAAUAUGGAGAAGCUGGGUUGCGUACAUUGGCACUUGCUUACAGAAAGCUUGAUGAGUCUGAGUAUACUUCUUGGAACAAUGAGUUUCUAAAAGCCAAAACUUCUAUUGCGGCUGACAGAGAAAUUAUGCUUGAGCGGAUUUCAGAUAUGAUGGAAAAGGAUCUGAUCCUUGUUGGUGCUACUGCUGUGGAGGACAAAUUGCAAAAAGGGGUGCCCCAGUGCAUAGAUAAACUUGCACAAGCUGGUCUCAAGAUCUGGGUUUUGACAGGAGACAAGAUGGAAACUGCAAUCAACAUAGGAUUUGCCUGCAGUUUGCUUCGACAAGGCAUGAAGCAGAUCUGUAUAACAGCACUGAACUCUGAUGCAAUAGCCCAAGAUGCCAAACAGACUCUCUUGUCUUUUGCUUCCAAUCAGGUUAUUAAAGAGAACAUUUUGAAUCAAAUCACUAAUGCCUCGCAAAUGAUCAAGCUAGAAAAAGACCCACAUGCUGCGUUUGCGUUAAUAAUUGAUGGAAAAACACUAACCUAUGCUUUGGAGGAUGACUUGAAGCUUCAUUUCUUGGGACUAGCAGUUGAUUGUGCAUCUGUUAUAUGCUGUCGUGUCUCUCCCAAGCAGAAGGCACUGGUAACAAGGUUAGUUAAAGAAGGAACUGGAAAAACGACCUUAGCAGUUGGUGAUGGUGCCAAUGACGUUGGAAUGAUUCAAGAAGCUGACAUUGGUGUUGGCAUCAGUGGGGUGGAAGGUAUGCAGGCUGUGAUGGCUAGUGACUUCUCUAUUGCCCAAUUUCGAUUUUUGGAAAGACUUCUGGUUGUCCAUGGACACUGGUGCUACAAGAGGAUAGCUCAGAUGAUUUGCUAUUUCUUCUACAAAAAUAUAGCAUUUGGUCUCACUCUCUUCUACUUUGAGGCAUUUGCUGGCUUUUCUGGGCAAUCAGUGUACGAUGACUGGUAUAUGCUAUCCUUCAAUGUCGUUCUUACUGCACUGCCAGUCAUUUCAUUGGGAGUUUUUGAACAAGAUGUUUCUUCUGAGAUCUGUUUACAGUUCCCUGCAUUGUAUCAGCAAGGACCCAAAAAUUUGUUUUUCGACUGGGUUAGGAUAUUUGGUUGGAUUGGCAAUGGUGUCUAUGCCUCUCUCAUCAUUUUCAUCCUCAAUAUUAUCAUUUUCUACGACCAAGCUUUCUGUCCGGAAGGCCAGACUGCUGACAUGGCUGUUGUUGGUGCAACAAUGUUCACUUGUAUAAUCUGGGUCGUCAAUGUUCAGAUUGCACUUACUAUCAGCCACUUCACAUGGAUUCAACACUUGUUUAUCUGGGGCAGCAUAGCUACUUGGUAUUUGUUUCUCUUACUUUAUGGCAUGGCAUCUCCCACCAUUUCUGGGAAUUCUUACCAAAUUCUAGUUGAAGCUCUUGCUCCCGCGCCAAUCUUCUGGACAACCACCUUACUGGUAACUGUCACAUGUAAUAUCGUUUACUUCACCCACGUAUCUUUCCAAAGAUGUAUUAAACCCAUGGAUCAUCAUGUUAUCCAAGAAAUCAAGUACUAUAAGAAGGACGUGGAGGAUCGACACAUGUGGACCAGAGAACGGUCCAAGGCAAGACAAGAAACCAAGAUCGGUUUCACAGCAAGAGUAGAGGCUAAGAUGAGGCACUUAAGAGUGAAGUUGCAUAGGAAGACCUCAACUUUGGCUGAAAAACCUGUAGCAACCCCAUUAAAUGAAAGUCCAUGAUUUUUCUCAGUUUUCUUUUGGAAAAUUUUUUAGGUUUCCGGCCAUCUACAGUUUUGCCCCCUUGGCCCUUCUCCGAUUCAUUUCUUGAUAUAAUUUUUUUUUUCCCUUUUUUAUCCGCUUAGAUGGGGUUGGUUUGUUGAAGAUCAUCCAUUCAAUCAUUCAUUACACAAAACAGCCUUGGGUCUCUCUUGUAUUUGUAUGUACACUAUUGCUAAUGUCUGAUGAGAUAGUUUACAGAUUUGUGAAGAA